AUGCCCUGCUGUGGAGAUCGUGAGAAGGGAGCGACAGUCUCUCUUGAGGAGAAAUGGGACUAUGUGAAUCUGUCCGAUUUCAAGUCAGAGUCCUGUCUCACCCCGUUCUCCUACUUCUUCCUUUGGGUGUUCUUGAUCAUCUCGUUGGCGGUCUAUGGCGUUGACACCUUCACCGCAGUCAAUCUGCUGGCCUUCUCUCGUUGGGCUGGACAGAUUGAACCCGCCAUUCCGUUCGCUGUUUCUCGCUGGAUCUUCGCCGUCUGUAUCAUCAUCUCGUUUGUGCUCUUGGUUUUGCGAUGGCUGAAGGCCAUCCGAGCUAUCCGAUCCGGAAGCAUUGCGCAAUGCUACCUCGAUUCGCUUGCUGUGCGAAUCCAAAGUAUCCGCAUGGGUAAUGAGGGCCGCGGAUGGAAGCGAUUUCUUGUCUUCGCAGAGUUGACCAAAAGUAAAAAGGGCGCUGAAUAUGUGGCCCUGUUUGCGUAUUUUUCUUUUGAGACCUGGAUGAACACCAUCUUUGCCGACGGUCCGCGCCAAGUCGUCAAUGCCAUUACACUGUACUCCGUGAUGAAAAUGGAUCUUCUGCCAGGCGGGAAGAACGCGGCCGAUGAAAAUGAUUCGCCUGCCUUUUUUCAGUUCUUCGACAACAUUAAAAUUCUGGCCGAACACAACAACCUGCGCGCUGUGGUCCUGUUCGGCAUGCUUUUCACUUUGAUCAUCUGGGUCCUAUCCAUCUUGAAAUUAGCCCUUGCGAUUAUUCUUUACCUCAUUUUCCUCUUCCACCACAUUCCUUCGGAAGAUGGCUCGCUGAAAGCGUACUGCCGGCGCAAGAUCAAUAGCCGGCUGACGCGCAUCGUGCGACAGAAGGUUAACAAGGCCCUGGCGAAGGGAAUCGCAUUGCAAAAUCGGGCGCCCACUCAACCCAAUCUGACCAUAGACACGAAACCUACCUUGCCAGCUAUAGGAGCUGGUAGCGAUGAUAAGGGACCCAUUGUCACCACCAUCUCGCGUUCCACAACUCAGACGACACUUCCACCAUACUCGUCACGUCCUGGAACAGCUGCGCCAGACAGAAACCCCACGCUCCCGGAUGUGGCUAUGUUCGAAGAGAAGCCGUCGCUAAACCGGACUAUGACGGAGUCAAGUGCAUAUUCCGAUGCCGUCUCGAUGUCAGGAAGCACGGCAGUUUCCGGAUAUAGCCCACUCGAUCGCCAAACGACGCCAGCACCGCCUGUACCCCCGCUUCCAAGCGAGAUCCCUAUGCCCGUUCAACGGAGCCAAACUCCAAUGUCACGGCCGACAUUCACACCGGCACCACCGCCCUCGGUUCGUGGUCCGGGUCGCAUGACCCCUGCGAGUGGAUUCCGGGAGCCAGGUGACGACCACGGGUACUUUUCACACUAUGAUGAGCCACCUGCUGCACCGUAUCAUUCGUUUAGUCCAAUCGAGGAUCCUUACGCCCGGUCAAGAACACCUGGCACGGAUUUCUCGCCGAACAGCCGCGGCCCUGUCAGACCAUUCCCUCCCCCCAGCGUCGGCGGCACUCCUCGUCCACAUCCCCAGACCGGGUAUCCUCCGCGAUCAUUCACACCGGCUAGUUACACUGCGAAUCGACCGCAGCAAAGCUUCAGUCCCGUGGAAGGUCCACCAAUGAGACCCUUCCCUCCUGUUGGCCCACGUGGGACUCCGCAACCUCAGGGACCGGAUGGCUAUGUUCCCUUCAACGCACCGGCGAGAAACUCACCCGUAUCCGCUGCCGGUGCACCAGCUUCAGGUUCUCCGGUCUACCCUUCUCAUGCACCACCGAGGCCUCCCCCACCAUCCAGUGACUACAGUGGGCCGACACCUCCCGUAAGAGCUUAUACUCCUCACGACAUGUACAGUCCACAAUCGCAGCCUCAUCAGCAGGACUUCUAAGCGAUCCAUGUCGUGAGCAUCUGAUCGCGAACUCUCCUUUCUUUUUUCCUUGUUUAUUCUGUUUAUGACCCCAGAAGAGCUGGUCGUCUCUUCUAUGAUUGAACUCUUUUUGUCCAUACCCUUCAUGACGAGCACCUCGAGCUCU